UUCCCCGACUGCAGCUGGCGCCAUGUCGGCUACCCGCGGCGCCCCCGUGGAACUCGGCUUCGCCGCGCUGCCGCCGUCCUCCUCGUGGCGUCUCCGCGCCGCCAACUUCCCCAGCAAAGUGGGAGGCCGCCCCGCGUGGCUCGGCCGCGACCCGCUGCCGGGCCUCGCCGAGCAGCUCGCGUGCGGCCGGUGCGCCAACACGUGCGCCUUCCUACUGCAGGUGUACGCUCCUCUUCCUAACCGCGACGACUGCUUCCACCGCUCGCUGCUGCUGUUCUGCUGCCGGGACCCCACGUGCUACGCCGAGUUGCACGACCCGCGCUGCCUGCGGGUGGUGCGCUGCCAGCUGCCUCGCAAGAACCCAUUCUACUCCUUUGAUCCGCCCCCGGACGAUCCUCCCUCGGGCACGACAGCGGCGGUGACAGCAGCAGAGUCCGAGGAGGCAGGGGAAGCAUGGAGCCAUCGUCUGUGCCUCGUGUGCGGGGGCCCGGGCCCCAAGGCCUGCUCGCGGUGCCACACAGCGGCCUACUGCGGGAAGCGGCACCAGGCAAUGGACUGGAAGGCCGGACACAAGCACGAGUGCGGCCACGCGGCCGAGCCUCCGCAGACGCCGCCCGAACGCGACCACGGCUUCCUCUUUCCCGAGUUGGAGAUCUUAACCGAGGCCGAGGAGGAUGAUGAUGACGACGACGACGAGGUGGAGGACGAGCAGAAGGAAGAGGAAGCUACAUCGGACGCAAGCCAAGGCGCGUUGAAGGCGGCCACGGAAAGCGAGUUUGACGAGCAGCAGCUGGAGGCCGUGGCGCGCAGGGAAAGCGCAGACGACCGCGCCUUCCGCCUCUUCAAGGAGAGGAUCGCUCGCGACCCCAAGCAGGUGCUGCGGUACAGCCGGGAAGGACAGCCCCUGUGGGUGUCAAGUGAACACGUGGCCACAGCCUCUGACAUCCCAGCCUGCUCCUGUGGAAGUCCCCGCACUUUCGAGUUCCAGGUGAUGCCACAGCUGUUGAGCGAGCUGCACGUGGACAGCCUGAGCACGAGCAUCGACUGGGGCACCUUGGUGGUGUACACAUGCUCACGGAGUUGCACGCCGCGGGACGGACCCCACGCGUACAGUUCAGAGUUCGUCUGGAAGCAGGAUUUUGUGCACAGCGCCGGGGGACUGCGCCAGCAGCGCCAAUGACAAGUGUUUAAAACGUGCAGUAAAUCCACUGCUGGGUGAAGAACUCUUCCCCCAAGCUGUCGCCAUCUCUCACGGUCCUGCGAUGUAACAAAAACAAAUGUCUCCCGCAUAGCCUGAAGACUGUUAGGGAAAGUGCUGUUUGGCGAGUAACGCCUACGAAGGGCGGCUCGGCACAUUAAGAGGGUGGGUGAUGCCACGUACAGCCACCUUUGUCAUCCCCCCAGUGCCGAUGUUUAUAGACGACCCCAGGUACUCAUUUAAGGCCGAGUCGAGCUAGGGGAGGCCCUGGAGCAGUUCAUACAAGUCACUUGUAUUGGUCGUGAGCGGGAAGCUAUUUCGGGUCAUGGGGUUUGUAGCUAACCGGCGCGAUGAAUUAUAAAUUGCUCCUCCAUGAUAGAGCAUUGUCUGCUGUAAAUUAUUUUGUACAGUAAUAAAAACAUUCUUGAAAUAAUUUUUAAAUGUUAUUCGCUUCACACACCCAUGAGAUCUUUGAAUAGUGUAAGUGUUAUAAAUAUACAUAAAAACGUAUUUGGAAGUCCACUAGUAACCAGUGUACUCUUCUUGAGAACUUAUUUUAUACUUUUGGCAGGACAUCUGCAGCUAACCAUGUCUGACGUUUUGAUCCAUGUGCUGGAUGCUUCUUCGUACACUUCAGUUCCUUAAGAAGCUCCCAACUUGAAGCUAUUCACUUAAAUGUAUAACAGUACUUGUGGAAAUAACUUGCAAAAACAGGGACACAUGUUUUUGAAACGUUUAAUUGUAUAUCGCCAUCUAAACUCAACUGCUUCAAUGUAACCAAAGGAAAUGUCUGGUCCACGUUCUAGCGAUAUAACUCUCAAUCCUUUCAAAACUACAAACCUACAUCAGUUUACACAAUGGAACUGGUACGUUCAAGACAGAGAACUUGGCUGGCACCACAAGAUAACAUGCGCCUAUAUAGCAUCCAAAAGACAAGGAACAAAUGGCUAAAAUCUUAAGGUCAUAGGUGACAAAAUACAGACUUUUUAAGUACUUCAUAAAUGAAACUAAUGGUUUCCUUUUACAUAUUUAGUGCAAGCAUUGCUCAACCACGGACAAUCUGAAAUCGCAUUCAUAUCUGCUGAGGAUAAAAUGAUUUCAGGUUUUUUUUUUAAAUGUUGCAUUGCAUGUCUUAAAGCGGAUACAUUCUAGAACGCACUUGGAUGGAUGUUCAGCGUUGAAACACGGGACAAAGAACGCGGGACAAACACAAGGGGAGGGGGCGGGGGCAACGUGCCCUCGUCCACACAGACAGCAGCCAGGGGGCAGCACCGUUAGCUUGGGCCACUGGCAGGCACUUAAGCCAAUCCAAUCACACAGCUUCGGUGGGUUGGAUUUGGGGUUGAGACAAAGGCUCGAAACCUAUCGGUUGGCAAAUGUAAUCCUGCCUCCGGUGAUUUUUCACUUUGGCAAAAAGCCACUUGAAUGUAAAUAAUAAGAGCCCUACUUGUAAUAAGCUAAACAAAUUGUAUUUCUUUAUUCAUAUGCCUCCCGACUUUUUUAAACUAUCUACAAAAUUCAAUAAUUUAAACAUGUACGUUCUAUUUACAAUGGUAAACUGUAAACAGUCUAGAAAAUCAUAGCACUUCUCUUUGAGAAAAUGAGGGAAAAGAUGAUGCAUACUCUAGCAUGCUUGCCUUACAAAGUACAGUACUAGUAAAUAUACAGCAAUACACUUUUUAUAUUCUACCACAAGUUGCCUUUCAUAUGAUCUUAGUAGGUCCUCUAUACGUAAUUAUUACAUUGCAAUUGACUAAGAUAUGAUAAUUUAUGAGAAGCUGGGAUUGUUAGUCAAGUGUUUCCGGUAAAGGCCUUCGAAACAAAAAGAUGAAUCUUCUUUGUGCCAAGUCCUUCAGGUCCGUUUACAAAUCACUUAUAUAUGGAGCGAAGCUAAAUGUCAGCAAUAACCAUGAUCAAUCCACUGCUGGACGAGGUCCUCACCAAGUCAUCGCCUUCUCUCACAAUUCUGUGAUGUAAUAAUCCACCCAGCGCACGAGACAAUGUUAUUGCUCCAUUUACGCGAUGGAUGUUCUCUAAGACUUUUUCCAUCCCUUGACUGCCCCUCCAUGAACAUUCUUGGCCAUCAUCCCUCCUAGCGAUGUGUCCUUUCCAAGCCCACUUUUUUUUGUAACAGUCAGCAUGUUAUCUUUUAACCGAUACAUAUUCCGUGUGUUUCUCAAUGUAAUUACAAGCAAGCACCUCGACAUGCUGUGCACACUUUUCAGUUGGUUACAUUUUCUUUGUUAAUGUCCAUGUUUCUGAUACAUGUCUUAGCAGGUAAUAACACACUGAAUAAAACAUUCGACUUUA